AUGCCAAGACCGCCCGCAGGCCCGGGCUGUCCUGGUCCUGGUCCUUGGGAUGCGCCACUGCGCCCUCUUGCGCCCCCGGAAGGUGUUUGGUCUCCCAGGCUGCAGGGUUCGAUGCCACGGGAUGCUAUGCUGAACCGGCCAGGGCCAGGGCUCUUGGAGAUGAGUUCGAGGUCGCCGCUUGGGCCUCUUGGGCCUCUUGGCCUCGGGCCUGGUGCUCCCCAGGUGCAUGGACAUGGUCAACCUCAGCUCCAACCACGCUUCGGACCCGAUGGACAGGAGAUCAUCGAGAACCCAGCAUCUCAUCCCCAGCCAGGUGCUCCAGUCUGGGCGGCAAUGCCGCAGCCGGGAGGGCCGGGAGGUGAACGCGUGAGGCCUGUAGCUCCUGUGCCCAGGCUCGCACUCGAAGCCUCUAUUCCACAUGCUCCCCUUCGACAACCAGCCGUUCAUGCCGCGACGACAGCUGGUGGCCUGCAGAAGACACUUCAACCAGCCGUAGCCGCGGUGCGAGUGGCAGAAGCCGUGGUGCCAGUUGCCGGGGCUCAAGAGCAGCUGCAGGAGCCAGUGGAGUCAGGAAUGCCUGAGCAAAGAGGGCCAGAGUGGGCUGGGUGCGACCAGUCACCAGGAAAAUCGACCAGCUCGUCCCGUGAAGGUCCAGAUGCUGCCGGCCAGUCAGAGCAGGCGGAAGAGAAAGCCUCGCUUGCCCUAGGUGCGGAGAGGCGCAAAGUCGAGGAUGCAGCUGCAGAGGCUGCCCAGGCACUGCGGGCCAUAGCUGCAGAGGCUGAGGCUCGGGUCCAGGCAGAGCGUCUAGCAGCAACGGCUGAGGUCUUGGCGCAAAAGGCAUGCCACGACGAGGCUAUGGCUCGAAUCCAAGCCGAGCUCAGUGAACUGAAGGCGCAGGCGGCAGCUCGUGAGACCAUGGAAGCUUCGCUCACCGGAGCUGCCAUGGCCCGGAUCGAAUCAGAGCUUGCAGAGCUCAAAGCUGAACAAGCAAAGGCCACGGCUCGCAGCGUGGAGACCAUCCCGUUCCCGGCGCCCUGCGAGCACGCCGAGCAGGAGACCUCUCCUUCAGCGGCUUCAGCGCCAAGCCCGGAAGCCUCGGCGGACCCAGCGGCGCUCAAGCCAGCGACUGAUGAGCAGGCACAGCAGGCCGCCGCAGCAGAGACACCCAGACAGUCUUUGGAAAAGACUGUGAUCAUAUGCGAAGAGCCUGUCGACCACAAGGGCUCGGUGGAAAAGAAGGAUGUGAGCUUGGACAAAACUACGGUCGUGAACGAUGGCUGCCUUCAAGAGGCUUCGCAGCCGCUGGAACGUGGGCCGAUGGCCAGCCUGGAGAAAACCAUAGCUGUUGACAUGCCAUCUCCCAGCAAAGGGGCCGAGUCCACAAAGGACAAAGAGUCGCCGGAGCCAUUGCUGUUCGGGUCGGACGUGCUGCAAGCCGUCGAGAAAGCUCGAGCAGCGGUGGCGGAGCUGCAGCGGCGUGCGGGUAUCAAUCAGGACCAGGAGGCGUCGAAGAAAAGGCAGGAGAAGCAAGCGCCCGCCUCAUUGAUGCAUGCACCAUUUUGCCAUGAUACUGUCGGUCUGAACAUUCUUCUAUCUCAGGACGGGUUUACUGCGACCCGCAGCUGCGGCUGCCGGGAGUCAGUGGCCGUAUGCAAAGGGCCCCUGUCGCAGCACGGUGCAGGGUACUUCGAGGUGGAGGUUUGUCAGACAGUCGACGGCUGGAUGGGUGGGCUGGGAAUCGGCGUGACGCAUUCCAGUCCGAGCGACCUCAAAGAGCAGCGCUUGCCAGACAAAGCGUGGCGGGUACCGCGGUCAUUCGUUCUUGGCUAUGCAGGGAACAAGUACCUCAAUGGAAAGGAGGGCACGUUGGACUGGCAGUCGGACCAGCUGAGAGUCGGACAGCGAGUCGGGCUCCUUGUCGAUGGUGGGAGCCUCUCUGUCUUUGUGGAUGGACACGAAGUGGCUUCCGUGCCGGAGGCAGAGAUGCUUUCCGCCGGCCUUCGUCAAGAUGAGCCGCUCUAUGGCAUCGUCGACAUUUACAACGCUGCCUUGUCCGUGAGGUUGCUGCCAGGAGCGGCCGUGCCGCAGAAAUGA